CGCGAGCAGGUGAUUAUGAGCUGAAAGAGGACUGUACGCUCAGCUCUGGGAGCAGAUACCAACAAACAAAUUAUUUUCUACUGGAAGAAAUCAGGAAAACUGGAUUAUGCCCGCCACCUUGAUUGAACAGAACUGAAGAAAUCCUCCCACCAUGUCAGUUGCCGUGGAAACUACGACGUCCAGGGCUCCCCUCCCCAUCCCGGCGCACCUCUGCCACGCAGAGCAGUCCUUCUCCCUCAAAAAGCGCAGAUUCCCGUUUUCCUCGUCGUCCACAUCCAACGCCUCCUGCUCCUCCCCUCCUCGAGGUUCCUACUCUCUCCCUCCGCUGCCGCCCUCCAAAGGAUGCCCGCCUCUGAGCAGGAUGUUCCCUCAGCAUCAGUCGCCGUGGACGCCGCUGUCCGAUUCGCUCAGUAAAUCUCCCCCUCCCAGCUCUGUGUAUGAUCCCAGUAAGCAUACGUCCUAUUUUGGUCAGUGCUUCACUAAUUUGGGUCUUCUUGGAAGAGGAUCCUUUGGAGAGGUCUACAAGGUGCAAAACAACAAAGACGGGCGACUGUACGCCGUGAAGCGCUCCGCCCAGCGCUUCAGGGGUAACGGCGAGAGGCAGCGAAGCGUUAAGGAAGCCAGGAACCACGAGCGAAUUUGUCCUCACCCUCAUGUUCUGGAUUUUUUGGCAGCGUGGGAAGAGAGCGGCCGUCUGUACAUUCAGACGGAGCUGUGCAGCACCAGCCUGCUGCUGCACGCCGAGAACAAGCCUCCUGGCCCAGAUGAGCCGGCGGCAUGGGGCUACCUGUGCGACCUCCUUUCUGCCCUGCAGCACCUGCAUUCUCAUGGUUUUGUGCAUUUGGACCUCAAACCCGCCAACGUCCUGAUCACAGAUUCUGGGCGGCUCAAACUGGGAGACUUCGGGCUUCUGUUGGAGGUCAACCAGACCGGCGCCGAGUCCAAAAACAGGAAGACGAAGGAGGACGUCCAGGAGGGAGACCCGCGAUACAUGGCGCCGGAGCUGCUGCGCGGGGAGUACGGACCUGCAGCGGAUGUUUUUAGUUUGGGUGUUUCUAUUCUGGAGCUCGCCUGUAACCUUGAAGUUCCAAACGGCGGCGAAGGAUGGCAGCAGCUCCGACAGGGCCACCUUCCCUCGGAGUUCACCAACGGCCUGUCUGUUGAGCUUCAGUCAGUCCUGAGGAUGAUGCUGGCCCCACAACCGAGUGAAAGACCAACCGUCUCUCAGCUUCUCGCUCUGCCGUGCGUCAGGAAGCGCAGAUGGAAAAGGCGGAUUUACCUGAUGGUGGCUGAGACCAUGCUGACACUGGUCUCCUUCUGCCAAUUCGUGGUGAGCUUCGGUUGCAAGCUCCUCUCCUCGGUUCGCUUGCCGUUUCUGCCUUGUUGGUCGAAGCCGGAGCCGUGUACGCCGCCGAAGGACAGCUGGGACAGAGACGUGACGCUGUCCCUCAGUUCCCUGCAUAACGACCCGGGAAGUCCAGAGGAUGACGGAGUCUUUCUGCAUCACUCUGACCCAGAACUUUCCCCCACCUUUUCCAGCAGAAUUAAAUCCCGACUGUCAGUGGAAAGCACAUCCACUCCUCUACCGGGUUCUCCAGUCCGCAGCCCGGUCCGGUCCACUCAGUCGGUUCUGGGCGGCUGGACGUCCAGCAAUCUGCCUCUGACUCCAACCAGCUCCCACCUGAACGACUCCUGCCACAAACUCACCCCCAACGUCAGCCCCAUACGCGCAGAGCGCCACCCGGGCUCCCCGUCCACCGCGUCCUCCGAGCGCCGCCGACACGGCCGGGUCCAGGCGGACGAGGCGCCGCCGCCUCGACCCAACUUUGAACCAAAGAACCUCCUCAGCCUGUUUGAGGAAACGACUCUGGAGGGACAGCCUUAAGGACAUUUUUUCUUUUGCCUCUUUGGAACUAAAGAGUUUAUUUUACGGCGCCCCCUAAUGGACAGAGUGGGUUUUUUAUUCGUUCCCUUGCAAUGUAUUAGCAAUUUCUCUUUUGUACACAGUCACUGUGAAAACAAAUGUCAAUUUAAAAAUGCAAAUACUUGUAAAGUUCCUCAAUGAAAAGCUGUUUAUGCAUUCUUAACUGAUUGGAAAUUGAUCUAUUAGUUCAGGCGAGUCCAAACCGCCUGGCGAGCCACAAAAUUCAUUAAAUUAAAAUGCAAACAUUAA